GAAUCAACUGAGAAACUUCCUUCCAAUGAAAUGCUCAUAUCUUCCAUAUGGAACAGUUCUUAUGAGGAAAAGAAAAAAGGCUCAUCAUCUUCCAAGCAGCCAAACGCCAACAGAUCCCCACAUCUCCCUUCCAUUUUCAGAUCUCAAUUUCCCCACCUCUCCUCUCCCCUCAAAAAAGAAUGUUGUUUCUCUCUGUCUUAAAGAGAAAAUCAACACUCGAUCUCAUCAUAGUAUUUCCUGUUCUUGUUUUCAUGUCUUGUUGUAAUGUCCAGGGCAAGUGCAGACCUGGUUGUGACCUUGCCUUAGCUUCAUACUACGUAGCCGGAGAUGUUCACAAUGUCACAUAUAUUAGCAGCCUCUUCGAACUUGCAAAUUACAGAGUAAUUGGUCCCUACAAUCCCCAAUUCAAUCUAGAUUCCAUCAAGGCCGGUGACAAAAUUAGGGUGCCAUUCUCUUGUGACGACUGUGUGAACGGUGACGUGUUGGGUCAUACCUUUUCUUACACUACCAUGGUCGGAGAUACCUAUGACAAGGUUGCUCAGAACGUUUAUGCUAAUCUCACAACCAGUGAUUGGUUGCAAAGGGUGAAUAGUUAUGCAGCAGACAAGAUUCCGGACAGUAUGCCGAUCAAUGUGACGGUGAACUGCUCGUGCGGGGAUGGAAGGGUGUCCAAAGAUUAUGGGUUGUUCAUGACUUACCCUCUCCGGUCAGGGGACAACUUGACAUCGGUAGCAGCGGAGGCUGAGGUAUCGGCGGAGAUUCUCCAGAGGUAUAAUCCGGAGGUCGAUUUUAGUGCGGGGAGUGGACUCGUGUUCAUCCCGGCGAAAGUAUCAAACAAAAACAAAUCCAUCACGCAGCAAUCAGCUGGUCAAGAUGCCAAAUGCCAAAACCCAACAAAUCCUCUCAGCUACCUCCCAUUUCAGAAUCCCAAUUACCCCACCCUUUCUUCCCCUCAGACAAUGUUGUUUAUCUCUGUCUUAACCAGAAAAACAACAGUCAAUUUUAUCAUGCAUCCCAGAAAUUCUUCCUUAAACAAUCCUCAAAUCAAGAAUCAAGACUACAUCGUCACCGGUGACAGAAUUCAUGUGCCCUUCCCGUGUGACUGUCUGAACGGCGAUUCCUUGGUUCAUACCUUUUCUUACAUUACCCAGUUCGAAGAUAAGUAUGACAAGGUUGCUCAGACGGUUUAUGCUAAUCUCUCCACCUGGGAGUGGGUGCAUAGGGUGCACAGGGUCAAUAUGGCAGCUCUAAGUUUCUGGCCAUCGUGGUCCCCAGAGUUAAAGGGCGACCAUCCAGCAACAGUGGCCAUUGAUACUUACAUGGUUGUCCAGAGAUUACCGAUUUGGAUCGUUUCAGAUAUGAAUGUUUUAUUGUAGAGAUGAUUUGAUGUUUAACUAGCAGAAACAGUUUUUAAUGGAGACUGACAAAGAGGAUAACAUCACACAUAUCUAAUGAAUUAUGAAUAAGAACAAUUCUUUAGUCACUUUCAAAGUGAUCCCAUUUGUUUUGUUCGGCCGGGAAAAUCCACCAAGAUUGAUUAGGAAAUCCUUGUGAAAUAAGGUCGAUGUUUAGUUGAAUGCUCAUAUAUAUGAAAUAUAGCUUGGGUCUCGUUUUAUGUCAAGGCUAGGCAACUUAGGAGAGGUAGCAGACUCAUUUGCUUUGAUUGUUAAUCCGCAUGCUGUAUCUAGGCUGAAAUAUAAUAUUACUAGUUCA